CUUCGAUCUUAUCAGUUACGAACUAACGCUAGUUCAAGAUGCCUGUCAGUGUGGAGCUCCAUGGCGAAGGAGCUGGCGCUCUGCGCGUGUUUCUGGCAACGCACUUGGAUGCUAAGCAGCUUAACCGAUCAGGUGUGAAGAAAAUGUUGAGCAAGAAGGAGAAUAUACUAACGACGAGUGAAUUGCGGCAAGUGUCGAGUCUGUUAAGCAAGUUACGCGCCUCUGACCCGUCAACGCCGACUCUGGUUUCGCUACUACGCCAAGGACGAGGAGUUCAAGCGCGUGUUGUCGCUACAGAGCAAGAGGGGAAUGAGAAGGAUAAAGAGAAGAGAGCCAAGUACCUGGCUAAGCGCCGCCAAAAGCUCCUGCGUCUGGACGAAGAGAUGCGGUACGGCAGCAUGGUCCGUAAUGUCAAGACGCAGACGGCGGCAAAGGAGUUAACGCACCACAAUACGAGUGUGCGUCAGCAUCUUUCAAUUGGCGCUAACAUGGUUAUAGCCCGGGUUACGGCCUUCAUUGCCGUGUACUUUGUGGCUCGGAACCUCACAGAUAACGAGACGACGAGAAUUGUCGCUGGACUAGGUGGUGCCAUCGUUAUGAUGGUCAUCGAGAUGGUGCUAUUUAUUGCGCGCGCUGCUAAGUUCGAGAGCAUUGAACACGAGCAGAAGAAGCACAAGAGUGUCUUCUAG